AGAAAUCAAAAAUCAAAAAGAGAAUCAUGAAUUCGAAUUCUAAUAAACCAAGUUCAACUUCCAAUUCCAAUCAGUUUGAAUUAUUUAAUAACAAUCAGCCAUCACAGCAACAAAGCCAUCAUCCAACCUCAUCAUCAACCAAUAAUAAAAUGUUUAAUAAUUCAACUUCUCAUCAUGAUAGUCCUACUUCAGUCACGAUCACUUCAACUAAUCAUCAUCAACUUGAAUUAACUAAAUCUACUCAACCUUUAAACCAUCAUCAUCCUUUACUUAACAAUGAACCUAAUGAUCUUUCGAUUAAAAAGGAAAGAGGUCCUCCUAGCUUAAGAAAGAAACAAUCUCAACGAUUCACCGUAGCUCAUAAUCAACCAUCUCUUGAACCUUCAGUGCCUGCUUUACCACCUAGUUAUCUAUCUCAUCAUAAUCAUCCACAACCACAACAACCACAACCACCAUCAUCACAACAAUAUAUUCGUCAUCGAACACCUUCGAUCUCUUCUGUCAGUGAUUCGGAAUAUACUCCUACUUCGGAUUUAGUUCAUCCUCCCUACAUGUCAGCCUCUUCAAACUCUUCAGCUGGUCAGUUUGCUACUGUCCCUUUUGGUGUCUCGGCUCCUGUCUCGCGUACCAAUACCAAUCAUUCUGGAAAUAUCCCAAGCUCCCUCGGUACUCCUCUGACUGGAAACAGUAGUCUUGUGCCAGGUAGUGCUGAAUCUGAUGAUGAAGUCAUUCCAACCGCAAUUGUGAUUAAGAACAUUCCUUUCAGUGUCAGACGAGAGCAAUUACUAGCUAUAUUAGAUGAUUUAAUGAUUCCAGCUCCCUAUGCCUUCAAUUACCAUUUUGAUAAUGGUGUCUUCCGAGGUUUAGCAUUCGCCAACUUUCGAUCUGCAUCCGAGGCUGAUGCAGCCGUAGCAGGACUUAACGGAUUUGAUAUUACCGGACGAAAAUUGAGAGUAGAAUAUAAGAAAGUUUUACAAGCAGGAGAAAAGGAAAGGAUCGAAAAAGAAAAGGCGAUCAAACGGAUGAGAAGUAUGCAGUUACAAAAGGAAACUGUCUUUGAUCCUUAUCAUCAUCAACAAGCACCUAUGCCUUCUUCCUUUGCUUAUCAUCAACAAGAUUCGGAACCUAAUCAGAUGUUACCCACUCGACCCUUUGUUCCGGAAUUCUUGCAACAACCACCACCUUCGCAAAGUCAAUCUUUACAAAGCUCGGUUGCCAAGGAAUUAGAUAUGAACGAUCCACAAACGCUUGAAUUGUUUUCUAGGAUUGUGAUUUUCAAGGAGGAUAACUUUCGAGACGAAUUUGCGUUUGCGAAAUCGUUGACGUCCAUUCAAAGAAGAAUAGUUCAUCAGAUUGCUAAAAAGUUGGAACUCGAACAUCGAUCUGAAGGAGUAGGAGACGAACGAUUUGUGGUGGUGAGUAAACCAUCGAAGAAUGCUUUGUCAUCCUUACGAGUGAAGAAAUCGAUGCCAGAUAUGAGAAGUGGAGAACCUAAGAUGGUACAUUCGUUGGGAGGUCGAAAGUCAACUGUGAAUUUGAGAUCGACACCUCAUCAUCAUCAUCAAACUACCACACCUGAAUUAGAACAUUCUUUUAAUUCGCUCAUGCUCAAUCAUCAACAAAAUCAUCAUAUUAUUAGACAACCUAAAGGACCGGAAAGUGGAACGUUUAAAGGAUUUGGAAAGUUUAGAAACCAUCCCGGGAUCGUCAUUGAUGAUCAUGAUGGUAAUAAUCAUAUAUGA